CUCAUCUUGUAUUGAACAAAAAGCAUCCAACUUUAAAAAUAUUUUUAAAGAGAGAGUCAGAAAGGCGAGGGGCCCCAGGAGCAGGCGUGUGGGACUCCAGACCGGAGAGCUGGAGGCUGCGCCUUCCCCGCACAGGAACCUUUGUGACACACCAGAUCCUUGUCCCUGCCCCGUGAGAGCGCCUACGAUGACCACCACCCUUGUGUCUGCCACCAUCUUCGACGUGGGCGAAGUUUUACACAAGGGUAACAAGGUGCUCAGCUAUAGUACUCCCAGUGCAGGGGGCUGCCUGCUGGACAGGAAGGCGGCGGGCACGCCCACUGGUGGAGGCUUCCCCCGGCGGCACUCUGUCACCCUGCCCCGCUCCAAGUUCCACCAGAACCAGCUCCUCAGCAGCAAGGGUGAGCCAGCUCUGAGCUCUCAGGACGGGCGCUUCCGAGACUGCUCAUUCUCAGAAGGGGGAGAGCAGCUGCUGCCCACCCAGAAGCAGCCCGGAAGCGGCCAGGUCAAUUCCAGCCACUGCAAGAUGAAGCUGUGCUGCCCCUUCGAGGAGAAUGGCGCCUGUAAGUACGGGCACAACUGCCAGUUUGCUCACGGCAUCCAGGAGCUCCGAAGCCUGACCCGCCACCCCAAGUACAAGACAGAGCUGUGCCGCACCUUCCACACCAUCGGCUUUUGCCCAUACGGGCGCUGCCGCUUCAUCCACCAUGCUGAGGAGCGCCGCGCCCUGGCCGGGGAGGACUUCUCCGCUGACCGUCCCUGUCUCCAACGUAGCUUUAGCUUUACUGGGUUUCCCAGUGCUGCUGCCAUCGCCGCUGCCACGGGGCUGCUGGACAGCCCUACGUCCAUCACCCCACCCCGCAUCCUGAGUACUGACGACCUCCUGGGCUCACCCACUCUGCCUGAUAGCACCAAUAACCCCUUUGCUUUCUCUGGCCAGGAGAUGGCAGGCCUCUUUGCCCCUAGCAUGGGGCUGCCCGGUGGUGGCUCCCCCACUACCUUCCUUUUCCAGCCCAUGUCCGAGUCCCCUCACAUGUCUGAUUCUCCCCCUAGCCCUCCGGAUUCUCUCUCGGACCAGGAGGGCUACCUGAGCAGCUCCAGCAGCAACCAGAGUGGCUCAGACUCCCCCACCUUGGACAACUCAAGAGGCCUGCCCAUUUUCAGCAGACUUUCCAUCUCAGAUGACUUAAGCCAGAGUAGGGAGGGACAGCCUACCCACUCCACCCAACACCCACAUCCUCUACCUUCGUCUCCCUGUCUUACCCUGUAA